UGCAGUCGUGCACGUACACCUACACAACUCGGUGGUCACUGUGUGGCACACAACUGUGCUACUCAGUUUACUUUUUUGGAAAGCCUGCAUGUUGAGGGUUAAAGUAGCGAUUCCUUCAUACUGUGUUUUGUGUAACAGAAAAUAGCUUUUUUUUAGAGGUAACAAGCAGGAGAUGCAACAUGACUUUAUUGGGACUGUCGUUUUUUGUUCUGGCUUUAACCUACUUCGUUACUGUUUAUAGCAGGCUGGCAGGUGUCCACCUGCGUAACAUGGACAGCUUCAUCCGAGCCGUGCGGCAGGUUGAAGACUCCAACCCUGGUCUGCCCCCCCUGGCUCUGGUCAGGGCCCUGAGGAGGACCACCGGCCACGACGAUGUGAUGACCAUCCAUUACUUGGGUGCAUCAUAUAAUCUCAGUGAUGCUGAGGUCCUAGAGACAGCCAUUCUCAAUGCCUCAUCCUUUAGCUUUUUUGACAAGGCCAUCCACCACCUUGUGACAGAUUACGGGGAGGAACGAGGGGUGGUUCUCGCUCCAGAUGGCACCACGGUAGCCCUUGCACCCUUAUUGCUAGGAAUCGAAUCGGGACUGAAAGCCAAGAUGGAGGGGACGCCAGCUGUUGGGAUCUUCCCUCUCACCUUAGGCAGGACGCUAGGCCUGUCCUUCCUUAGCCUCCAGGACUUCCCGACAUCUUAUCGCCUGGGGCCUAAUGGGUGCUGGGACAAUGUGGACCAUCCUAAGGUGUUCAAGCUGUCUCGGCCUGCCACUAUGGCCACUAAUGCUGUGAUUAAUGGGGGCAUGGAUGGAGCUAUACUGGGCAUGGACAUCACCAAUCUACCUGCAUCUGAACAGCCGCAGGCCCUCAGUGAGAUUUUGAAAGGCUAUUAUAGUUUUAUACUGCAUGAGGGGCAGGGUCUUGAUGCUGUGACCAGCCAUGUUAGCCCAAGGCGAAGAGAGAUCUCUAGAUCCAUUCUGGAGCCACUUGAUCUUCACAGCCAGGUGAUGAAGACACUAGCAUUAGUCUGGAAGUUGGAGAAGACAGAAUGGAUUGCUCUGGACACUGGAGUGGGGAAGGCGGUGAAGGAUGGAUUGGAGGCGUUUGUGCACAAGUUCUGGGACUGCCCUCAAAUCAUCCCUCGUUGUCAGUGGGGGGCAAAAGCCCACCGGGGUACACCUAUCCCACUGUCCCUGCCCCUCCAAUUUCUCUAUGUUCACCACACCUAUGAGCCAUCCUCGCCCUGUUUAUCUUUCCCAAUCUGCUCUCGCAACAUGAGAUCCAUGCAGCGUUUCCACCAAGAAGAUCGUGGUUGGAGCGACAUAGGAUACAGCUUUGUGGUCGGCUCUGAUGGCUACGUCUAUGAAGGCAGAGGCUGGAACCACCUCGGCAGACACACCAGAGGGCACAAUGACAUCGGGUACGGCGUGUCAAUCAUUGGUAACUACACUGCCACCCUGCCAUCUCGCCAUGCCAUUGACCUGUUGCGCCAUCGUCUAGCCCGAUGUGCAGUAGAUGGAGGACGCCUGGCUGCCAACUUCACCAUCCAAGGCCACAGACAGGUGGUAAACUACACCUCCUGCCCUGGAGACGCCUUCUUUUCAGAAAUAAGAAGCUGGGAACACUUCGGGGAAUGACAGGACCCCCCCCCACUGCCAGUUUGGGGUUCUUAAAAAUCAUUAAUGGAUCUUCAUGGUAUGAUAACUAUCACUGCUGGCUGUUUUUUUGUCUUACUUUUUGAAAUAGUUUCACUUUAUGAAAUGGCUCUUGAGGUAAUCCUCCUGGACUAGUUUUAAUGUAGAUGAUUCAUUUCAAACCCACCUCUUUGAGUGCAGAAUUAAUUAAAAAUCAAUGUUGCUUUGAAUGAUGGCCAACCAAGUGGAUCUGUUCUGGUCAAGCUCUCCUGCGGGGGGCACCAGUGGGUUUAAUACGGAGACUCAGGCACUUUAGAGCUCAUUUAGGUUCCCUGAAAGGACCUUAUGACUAAGACGAGUUUAGGUCCAUUAUACAUUAAAGGUUUUGUACCUUUGAUGUAUAAUGGAUCUCCUCAGGAUCAACUGUUUAAUAUCUGCAGUUUAUUCACCUACUAACUGGGGGUUCUGUAGCUUUUAUCAACUUUUCAAUUUAUCAAUACAUCUGAUCAUGUUAAAGGAUAACGUAUGUAUACUGUCAGGCUUGUAUGGAUAUAAAUACUAAUGGAGUUUCCAUAUCGGAGUAUGACAAACUUUAUUCCAAGUCCCAAUCAGUAGGACAGAUAUUAAACAAAACAUACAAAAAACCCCUCAAGUUCUAUUUUACAUUCAUCUUAUUUCUCCUCUUUUUAUUUUACAGAACACAAGAAUAAAGAGUCUGGUCAACUGUAA